CUUCGCAGCCUCCUCUGCCUGUCUUUCUUUGUACAGGCACAUAUGUGUGUGAGAGCCUCUGGGGCUCUUUGUCCUGAGUCCAUAAUUGCAAAGUUAACUGGAUUGGAAGAGUUUGGAUCAAAUACCAGAAGGGCAAAAGGCAAAUUCUAUGUAAACUGGUCCUAGCCCUUGGCUCCAACUCGACUCAAGCCUCCUUUGUAUUCUCUCCUGUUCUGGAUUAUUUCUAGGGAAGGACGGGCAGAAAGGGCCAUCCUCAAUGAAGGUAGCUUCUCUUUUACUAGUGGGUUUUUACCUGCUGCCUUCUUGCAGGGCAGAAGAGGGACUGAACUUCCCAACUUACGAUGGGAAGGACCGAGUAAUAAACCUCAAUGAGAAGAAUUACAAGCAAAUUCUGAAGAAAUAUGACCUGCUCUGUCUCUUCUACCAUGAGCCGGUGUCUUCUGAUAAAGUCUCCCAAAAGCAGUUUCAAAUGAAAGAAAUUGUCCUAGAGCUGGCGGCCCAGGUCCUGGAACACAAAGAUAUAGGUUUUGCCAUGGUGGAUGCCAAGAAAGAAGCCAAGCUAGCUAAAAAGCUAGGUUUUGAUGAAGAAGGAAGCCUGUAUAUCCUUAAGGGAGACCGCACUAUUGAGUUUGAUGGAGAAUUGGCUGCUGAUGUUUUGGUGGAAUUCCUUUUAGAUUUAAUUGAAGACCCGGUGGAGGUCAUCAACAGCAAACUGGAAGUCCAAGCCUUUGAGCGCAUUGAUGACUUCAUCAAACUCAUUGGCUUCUUCAAGAGUGAAGACUCAGAACAUUACAAGGCAUUUGAAGAAGCAGCUGAACAUUUCCAGCCCUACAUCAAAUUCUUUGCCACUUUUGAUAAAGGGGUUGCAAAGAAGCUAACCCUGAAGAUGAAUGAGGUUGAUUUCUAUGAGCCAUUUAUGGAUGAGCCCAUUCCAAUCCCAGAUAAACCUUAUACAGAAGAAGAGCUUGUGGAGUUUGUGAAAGAGCAUCAAAGACCCACACUACGCAGGCUGCGCCCAGAAGAUAUGUUUGAAACCUGGGAAGAUGAUCUGAAUGGAAUCCACAUCGUGGCCUUUGCUGAGAAGAGCGACCCUGAUGGUUUUGAGUUCCUGGAGAUCCUGAAACAAGUGGCCAGGGACAAUACCAACAAUCCUGACUUGAGUAUAGUAUGGAUCGACCCAGAUGACUUCCCAAUGCUCAUUGCCUACUGGGAGAAGACUUUUAAGAUUGACCUGUUCAAGCCACAGAUUGGGGUGGUGAAUGUAACAGAUGCGGACAGUAUCUGGAUGGACAUACCAGAUGAUGAUGACCUACCUACUGCUGAAGAGCUAGAAGAUUGGAUAGAAGAUGUACUUUCUGGGAAAAUAAAUACAGAAGAUGAUGAUGAUGAUGAUGGAGAUGAUGAUGAUGAUGAUGAUGAUGAUGACGAUGAUGAUAACUCUGAAGAAGAUGAUGACGAUGACGAUGAUGACGAUGAUGAUGACAGUGAUGAUGAAGAUGAAUAGCUCUUAAGUGAAAUUCUCAGACACUGAACCAUUUUUAUUCAUUAUCCUUUAAAGUCAGAAUGGGAGCUAGGAGCAGGCAGUCCCAAAGAGUUCCUUCCCUUAUUUUUAAGACUUCCUUUUCUACUCCUUCAUUAUCAAAAAUAAGAAAACUCAGCAAUUCCUUCCAAGUAUAAGUGAGGGAUUGCUGGUGGCUAUAGCUUGGAAAUAGGAUAGUGAAAAGGGGAGGAUAGGGAAUAUGUCUAGUUUUAAUGUCCUGACUCAUGUUUUAAGACCAGACAUCCCAUUAGGACAAGAAAAACCACUCAUAUCUUACUGAAUUUAUCAACUUGUUUCCCUUAUCCCCAAAAUACAGGGAUCAUGACAGUGCCAACAACUGGAUGAUGAGCAAAAAGGUAUCCUCAUUGCUAUUCUCAAGUUUACUUUUUAUAUUGGACUGUGAUGAUAACAGAAAUCAGGUUUUGAAAUGCCCACCAAGCUGGAGUAAUCUUAGAAUCAGAUUCCAUGGGAAAUACUCUAUAAUUAAUUUAGGAGCAUACUCCUAAAUUAGACAAAUAUGCCCAUUAACUUAGAAUCUAAACUCAAGAUAGCCCAGAAUGGCUCAUGUUCCUAUGUUCUUUCUCUUGUCUCAAAAGCUCUGUAAAUGAGUCAAAUACAGUCUCAUGGCAAUUGUAUACCUUUGUAUGCAUGUAGUUUCUUCUCUAUCAUUGUAGUUUUCCCUUCAUGGAAAAAAACUGUUUUUUUUUCUUUUCUGACAUCUUAUCAAACUAAAGUUCCUAUUAAUUAGCAUUUCUAUACAUCUCUAGUGCAAUCAGAAUCAAGAUUGAUAAUUGUGACCCUGAAGCACUGGGAGAUCCUGAAGUGCCUUCUGAAUCAUCAAAGAUAACUUAAAUCAUGUUCAGUAGAGUUGCAGUGUUGUGUGUUUUUAGCCUCUUCUAAUUCUUUGAAAAUUGGCAACUCAUGUGUGUAGACUUAUUCGCCAAAAUAGUUUCCUAAUGAUAAUUAUUCCUUACUCAGUCAUUUGGGGAAAACAGAGUUAGCUCUAUUUCCUCAUAUACUUCUCUUCUGUAUUAAGAUUCUGAUGGACCAUCCCACAGCAUGAUCUGGAUACUUUGCAAGGAGUGCAGCUUUGGCAUUCUGGGAGACUUCUAAGACUACUUGAAUAUCUUUUGGACCCUUUGGGGAAUGACUCAGAAAAAUAGUUGUAGUUGUUAUUCCAACUGAGAUUUGGUCUAUGAUUCUAUUCAGCCCUUAGGUCUUGGGAUGAUAUGGAUUACUCUUGAUCUUUGGGCUCUCAUUCUCAGGAGGAUCUAUCAAGCCUCUUUAAAUUGUAUCACUGUGUUGGAACUCUGGGCGAUUGUAAGAUGGUGGAUAAGGAACAAGUGAGAACAUCAUAAAAAAAUACCAUGUAUGACUGAGAAAGGACCACUUGCAUGUCUUGUGGACAAGAAAAAAAAAUCAGACAAUGGCUUCCAGGACACUGAUUAGAUCCUUUUAGGAAGUUUUAGGAAAGAGAAUUUCACAAUAUAUAGAAAUAUGAAGGGGAUGUAAAUUUGCAUUAAUGAGCUCAUGGACCCAUCAAAAGAUCAACAAAGUAAUUCCCCAGUUCUUUUUUGUUUUCUGUUGGGACUUCAGAUUAACAACUAGUCUUAAUUGUUCUCUAGAGCAGAGUGCAACAAAACUUUUCAAUCAAAGUAAGGUAGUGUUCCUCCUACUGUCCAUUAGAGUAUAUCUGUGUUCAGGGAUGGGGCUCCAUUCAUUUUUUUCUCCACCUAUUUCACCCAGUGGAGGCUGCAACAAUGAUUCCUCUAGUCUCCUUUUAGAGGUCAUAUCCAGGAUGAUAAGCAUUAGGAAGAUAGGGUUACCCAUCAUGCUUUGGAAAGUGGUUCAUUGUUUUAUUGUCAAGAAUGUAUAAAAACUUUUAAAUUUGUUUGUAAAAAUAAUAAUGCUACUUUAAAAUUUCAAA